UCGCCCCUUCCUUCCUUCCACGUCUAAUGUCUUUUGGAUACACUUCUUUAAUUUUGUUCUUUCAUAUCACUAAAGACUAGAAAGAUUAAAAACUAAAAGAAGCUUUAAAAAAAGCUAAGCUAUGGUACAGUACAUAUAUAAGGUAGUCCCCAGUAUAUUCUCUUGUCUUUUCUUGUAAGGGGUCCUUGGCUGAGAAAAUCUGAGCGCCUCUGAUCUAUAGAAGUAUACUGUAUAGGUCAUUAAGGGUUAACUAAGGGCAAACGCUGACAUAAUUAUCUAAGAUGCUGCACAGCUCUCUACUGCUCGAAACUUUCUCAAUUUGUCUUUGAUUAGUCAAUUAAUGUCAGACAAAAGUAAAAAAUAGAAAUGGAAUGUGUGAUUUCAGCACUCCAAGAUCCAAAGAUACUCAACAAUCAAUCAUCAGUCAGUCAUCUAUGACAAAAUAAAGCAUGCAUGUGGUUCUUUGGAUGAGUGAUGUCAUAGUAGGGGUUUUGCCUGUGCAAUAUGGUGGAAAAAACUUGUUGCGACGUCACUGACUGGGAUGUGGCCAAAAGUACAAAAUGCCUGAUAGAGAGCAGGGUAAGUUUUCUGCUCUCUGUCAUUUAACAAGUUAAUUUUGAACCUCCUGCUAUCAUCUCACCCCUGCAGGUCUUCCCUUUCCUGUUGCCAACUUUCAUUUUAACACACACACACACACACAUUAAUACACCCACAGCCAUGCUGCCAAUCAGCCAAUGAAAUGUUAACUGAGAGUGAGAUUAGUGGAUUAACAUGUACCAAAGUAGCUUGUGUAAGAAGAGAGUGUUACCGUAGCCACUGGGCCAGUCAGCAAAUCCUCCAGGCAAGUGUAGCACACAGCACAGAGACCAAGAGCAGAGUUUAAUGGAGCUACUGGACUAACUAAACCACAUCUCCAAGUAAGUGAGAGAUUUCAACAAAUCUUUACAAUUUUCUCUGAGGCUCUUACAAAUAAUGACACAUACCACAUUCAUGCUUUAAUCUGUUCAUAUACAUAAACAUAUUGAUGGUCAAAACAUCUUGAGUAUACAGUAGGGUUUCAUGAAUGAAUGAAUAUUUUCUUCUGCUAUAAUAUACCAUAGGAAUCAGCAUUUUUUCCAGAAAUGGUUCUUUAAUCCUACCAUGUGAAUUGACCUCAUGAUCUGAGGGCAACCAUGCUGGAUACAGAGGGUCAGUGGUCUGAAGCGUUAGCCAGCAACAACAUAAGAGCCAUCAUCCGCUGGCUACGGAAACUUACAGCUGAAGGUGAAAUAGAUGUGGAAGAAAUCCUACAGACUUUCAGCUGCUGGGUUCAGAGGACAUCAGAGUUUGCUAAAAAAGAGUUAUUAACAUUAUGUUUCAGCCGCUGCCAGGGCCUGUGGAUGUUUCUGGAUCGGAGCUCUUUCACCAGAGUGCACAUGCUGCUCCAGAGACUGAGGAACCUGCUCACACUGGCCCAGUGGGCAAGAAGACAGCUCAGUUCAGCCCACCUCUGGCAUGGUAUGGGAGUCCCAUGCAUGGUGUGCAGAGAUACAUUUGGCUCCUCAGAUGUCAGACAUGGCUGCUGGAACCGAGAGCACAGGGCUCUAAAGCAGCAUAUCUGGCUGGGACGCCUGGUUCAAUGGUGGGGCAUCGUGGGGCUUCUUCCCAAGUACCCUGAGGCACAGGAGGUGAAGCGUAUCUCUCAGAUGUGGAAGGAAAUGAGUCACAGCCAUCGGAAGGCUUGUCUCGAGACACCUGGAUGCGAGGAAAUAGGAAGAUUUAGGUCUUUGAUACAAGGGAUGGUGACUCACCUGGACAGACAACAUGGGUGCAUUUGGACUUUUGAAGACUGUGCAGACCAGUGUUAUCCUCCUCCUAAUCUACAGUCCCUGCUGAAGCUUGUGCUGGUGCCUCAUAUCGACAACAUGUCAGUCCAAGCUCUCCUCAUGUACUUUGUACUGGAUACAGCAAACUUCCUGCAGUGCAAAGAUGACCUCCUCCAAUCUUUCUGCCAUGCCUUCACGAUUCCCUCCAGCUUUUCCCAACAAAUCAGGGCCUUCUGGAUGCUUGAUCGUGGACACAUCAAGCCCUCCAUGGAGCUAUUACUCAGCCCCAGGGCUGCGGUUCCUCGGCUCUCCUGGCAGCAUCAUUGCAUCAUCCACUGUCUGCUAACAAGGAAGCAGCCUCAGUUAGCACUGAGGUACCUCCACUGGACCAGACCCGCAAUAGAGAGCACUGAGGAUGCUAAGCUCUGUGCAGAUGUACUGCUUCAAAACAGUUAUGUCUCCGAAGCCUGGGCUCUGCUGAAGAGAGGAGAAAGCAAAGACAUGGUCAUGUACUUCCUCCAGGCUUGUAAUAAAGUUGGUCUGUGUGCAGAGGCUUUAAAGUGCACCCCUGCAGGAUACAUUGUUGAAGAAGACAAUGUAAAUGGAAUUGAAACUACAGGAUCAAAAAUGCCACUAAUGAAGAAAAGAAGGCCACCCUGUCCGCUGUCUGCCAAACUGUAUCAGGCUCAGAAAGUCAGCACUGUGUCCCCAGAGGAACUAGUCCAACUGCUCAGAAAGGCUGUGGUGGAAGUGAGAAAGCCACAUCCUAGGACAAGGGAGGUGAUGUGGCCAGAGCACACAGAGAGAAAAUCGAACAGCAGAGAGAUGUUUCUGUCAACCCAGGCUCUGCGUCAUCUCAUGCCCAGCCCCUCCCCAAUGGACAUGUUAGAAGAAAUAGAACAAACAACACAUACAGAUGAACCAGGAGAGGAACAGCCUGUCCAAAAUCAACAACCAGAACCACCACAGCACAUUUCUUCUUCUGAGGAUCUCAGAUCUGAGUCCGUCUCCUCCUUCACCUCAGCCUCCUCCUUGUUUCUGUUAAGUCAGGACUGUCCUUAUGUGUAUGAAAGUACUUUGACUCUACAAAGGAUCUCCUCUUUCCUAACUGAUGGGGAGAGCCAAAGCAGGGAAGAGGAAGAUGAAGAAAACAGCAGAACCCCUUCAUCAAGUGAUGCCAUGCCAGAUUGCUCUGAGCUGAAGGAAACACUAGAUGGCACCACAGACCCCAUUUUCCUCAGCAACCUGAACAAAGAAGCUUUAGUGGAGCUGGUCGGUUUUGUCAAAGAAGAAGAAGAAAAUGAAGAUGUUUUCCCACGCGAGGAUUUUCUUGUUGAUGCAGAACCUUCCAUGAAUAAAACCCUUCCUGUGACCAAGAGAAUAAUUCUUCCUCUUUCGCUCAACAGCAAUGAGGACAGCCAGUCUGUGCCCUCCCUCUGUGAGCCCCAGGUGGAGACUCACAGCGAUCUCUCACCUGAUGAUGAGAAAAUGGCCUGCUGUAAAGGAGUGUCUGAAGAAAUCGUUCACGGCCCCCCAGAUGUCACCGAUCUGUGGAGCUCUGCAAUGUCACUGAACCAAUCAGAUUGCAUCCCAUAUGAGAUUUUCAGUUUAAGUGAGGCAGAAGAACCUGAUCAGAAAAUGUAUGAGCAUCACCAGCAAGAGGAGACAGUGGGAUGCUUCAGUCAAGGUUUUUCUGGUGCCAUGUCUGAAACGAUUCAGGACCUACUGAAUGACCCUCACCAGAGCCUUCUGUCAGAGGAGCCUGUAGCCAGCAGCACAAGGGCCUCAACAGGGAUGGAUCAGUGGGACAUCUCCCUCCUCCCUCCCACGUGCAGCUCCACACAGCAGAUCUUCAGUGGCUCUCUGACCUCCAGCUUCACCUACAACAUCAAAACCACCUCUUCUCCCUCUGACACCACCAAUGAGAGCUCCCUGAAAGCCCAAUUAACAAUGGAUGAACCCUGUGUCCAGAGCACCUCAGCCUGCCUCCAUCAUUGCAAAGUGGGCAGCUGGUGGAAACAGGACUGUGCUACAGAGCCCGGAGCAGAUAUCACACCAGAUAAUAAGCGUCGUUCUCUUGUACUGAGCCAACCAUAUUCCUACAGUCUGGUCAGCUUUAUGGACUUCACUGCGAAGCAAAAAGAAGACAACAGAGAUGACAAACAGACAGACCAAGAGGAGCCCGCAGGUUGGAGUAGUUUUGGGAGGGGUUCACAAGGUGCCAUAAGAAAUGGAAGAACACGUUCACGGAAAGGAAAACGAGUCAAGAGAGCCUGAAGAUUUAGUACUUUUCUGACACAUAGUGCAGCACAUGGAAGACUGAACUGAAUGAGAAAACCUGUUUUUGUCUUUAAACAUGAUGCCUAUCUGUUGAUUCAUGAAUACGUUUGAUAAAAUAAAUAAAUGUGUGUAAAACAAUACUAUUAAAAUUAGCUCACACCUGACCAUAAGACUGACUUGAUGAUCAGUACACAGACUUUUCACCUUGACACGAUCCAUCUCCGUGUCCUCAUCAAUCACCCGGUCAAAUUGUUCUGAUGGCUGCUGCCACAGCUGCUUCUGUCAGCGGUCUUUCCCACCCAUGAUAUUGUCCCACCACGCCCUUUUUCUUCCACUGUAAUACCACAUGUCAGAAACACUCACUCAAUAAUGAAUUUCUCAGGAAUUAUUGAUAGACAUACAUUAUUGAAUAAUCUGCUAAUUUAAAACUCCAGUAGAAAUAGCCGUUAUUGUGUAUUUUUAUUAUCUGUUCAAUGU